AUGGCACGUGUUACUGAGUUUGAAACAUUAGAACACCAAUUUUUGGAACUUAUUGCUGAAUUUCGAACUAUUACGAUUUCGGGGAAUCGUUUACGUGAUUCGUUACGAACGGAAUCGUCUCGCGCUGAGGCAGCAGAAGCAGGUCGCGCGGCUGCUGAACGAACCGCGGCUGAAGCACGGAGCAGCGCCUCUGCCGCCACCGCAGCUGUUAAUAAGGCCACUUCAGCACUAGCGAACGCUCAGGAACAACUCACAGGACUUAAGAUUCAUCUAGAGCUUACGGAACGCCAACGUGCAACAUUGGAAGAACGAUGCACCCAAAUGUCCACACAAAUAAAUUCACUAGAGAGACAACUUCAACAACUCAGACCCCUUCAACCAGCGCACGCCAUGUUACAAAAACAGUAUACUGAUCUUCAAGAACGCAUUCUUAAUGCAUCCGAAGAAGCGCGGAGAGAAUCAAGUCGUCUUGAAAGUGAGCUCCGAAGAGUAGAGAAGUGCAAUGCGGCGGGUUCAGAACUACGCGAGCGCGCGCGACUGGCCGCCGCGGCUCACGCUCGCGAGAAGCGACUUGCGAACACCGAACUGCAGCACACUAACCGUGAACUGCUCAAUGCCAAUGCGGAAAUAAGCAAGCUCAGAGCAACGGUGGCGGAAUUACAAAUCCAUUUAACUGAAGUUAAUAAGAACAAUGUCAUAAGAACAGUUGACCCAAAUAUAGAAGUAGUGGCUGAAAUAAGAGCAGCUUUAGAAGCGGAGCGAGCUGGGACAACCAAACUCGAACGUGCGUUAGCAGCAGCACUCGCAGAUAAUGCGACAUUGGCCUCUCGGCUGCACGCUACUGACAAUACUGAUGAAGCAAACGAUGCCUUGACGCCUACUGAAUUAACUUCCACUAACAUUUCGUCCAUCAGAACCAUGAUUCAGAAAUUUGGAGUGUGCGUCUUCUUCGUUGCUUUGACAGCACCCCUUGUACAAUGUAUAUCCGUGAUAGGGCCUCGUGCACUUCGUCCGUUCAGCUCAUACACAGUAGCAAUAGCGGGCAGCUCCAGAUCCUACAGCCUGUAUGUGGCUAUAGAAGGUCGUCGGGCUAACGGAGAGCAGUACAACCUGGGACGCGAAGUUCAAGUGCCGGCGGCUACUUCUAGGGUCAUAGAACUUGAAAUCGGUGACCCUGGCCCGGGACAGUACGCGCUAGUGGCGCGUUCAACCUCAGGUCCGCUAUUCUCAUCUUCGGCCUCAUUGCUCUACCAGCCGCGAAGUUUUUGCAUCUUCGUGCAGACAGACAAGCGCGUAUACCAGCCCGGAGACACCAUAAACUUUAGGGUCAUCGCUUUGGACAAAUACCUGUUGCCGCUGUCGACGACUGUAGAUGUCAGUGUGCUGGAUAGUGGAGGCUCACCAAUAAGACAGUGGGCUGCUGCUGACCUCGACCGGGGAGUACUCACUCAAGAAUUAGUCCUCGCUGACGAACCAGCACUAGGAAAAUGGACUAUACAGGUGGAGGCUCGUGGGCAGAAAUACUCCCACGACAUACUGGUGGCCGACUACGUGCUGCCCAAGUUUCAUUUGGAGAUGCACUUGCCCAAAGAGGUGCUGUUUAGCGAAGGACGAUUUGACAUUAACGUCACUGCUAAACAUUUCAACGGUCAUCCGGUCCGUGGAGAAUUAACAAUAUCGGCGUAUCCAGUAUUUUUCUCUGGACUUCUGCAACCUGUAGUAGCGGCUCCUACGCGAAAAGUGGUUGAAAUCAACGGUCAGACCGACGUAACAUUUGAUCUCAAGACUGAUCUCGAUCUAGCUGAAGAUGCCGCAAGACCGCUUGUCGUCGAAGCUGUGCUAGAAGAAAAAGAUACUCUUAUAAAACAAAAUAUAUCAUCAAGGAUUUUGUUAUUGAGAGCUCCAUAUAGAUUGAGAGUAUCAGCUCCAAAUUACUUUAAACCUGCUCUUCCCUACAUAGUACAGGUAGAGGUAGUAGACCCUUCAGGACAAUUAAUAAACACGGACGGAGAAGUGACAGUGGAAAGAUUAUGGGACGAUGGUACUCCCGCUAACGUCACACAAAUACCUCUGAACAAAGGCAUCGCUACAUACACUUUAGUACCAGACAAAGGACACGUGAACUCCACUCUCAACCUAUUGAUAAAAUAUAAGGAGGUAACAGAGCGCGUGGUGCACGUGCAAAGAAACGAGUAUACCAGCCAGUACCUCACUGCUGAGGUAUUAACGCGGAACACGAGUGUCGGUGAUGAAAUGCGGGCACGAAUCACAGCCACUGAACCUAUGGACCUGGUUCACUAUGCUGUAAUUGGCAGAGGAGACAUCAUUGUUGCUAAGACCAUAGAGUUAAGUCCAGCUCGAAAGAGCGUGGAUGUAACAGCGAGUGUGACGUCACGAAUGGCUCCCGGCUGUAUAUUCCUGGCGUGGUAUCGAAGUCUCGAAGCUCCACGUAACAACUUACUGUCUGCAGCUGUGUAUUCGCCACAAAAGGACAUAUUGCAAAAUCAGGUAUUGGUAUCACCUGUGUCUACAAACGGCGCAUCACCAAAGCCGAACACGUUAGUAGAGCUCCGUGUUUUAGGCGAAGCGGGAGCUCUGGUGUCGCUCUUGGCUGAAGACACGAGGUCGAUAGAUGCGGGAAUAGCGCAGUCGAAUGCACUCGGAAGCGGCCUCGAUAUCAACAAGAUCGAGCGCGAAACGGAAAGUUUUAAUAGUUUGCCACAUUCAGUUUUUAAAAACGAAGAUCAUCUAUCGAGCUCUGGAAUCGAUUUGGGUGGUUUCACAACAUCAGAUGUUUUCAAAAACGCUGGUGUUGUGAUCCUUACUGAUGGCGUAGUUGUCAAAAAUAAUCAAGAUGGAUCCGUUUCUUCACCAGCUCCAGUAGAGACAGGCACGCGACCUCCCCUUGCCGGUCCUUAUGCCUUCAGUCGUCUUCCCCCUCCACCCUCACCUCGAUACUACCUCACAGUAUCUCCACAACCUACCUGGAUGCUAGCUAAUCUUACAAUUGGUAAUGAUGGAAAUGGUGCCAAAGAACGUUGGACAGCAGAAACACCAGGCGAAUUCUCUAUAGGAGCAUUUUCUGUACACCCAACCUUGGGUCUUGGUUUGGCUACCCCACAAAAGUUCACCACCUCAGUACCAUUAGCGCUAGAUGCAGAACUGCCUUCUAGUCUCCAACGUGGAGAAACUGUGGCUGCAGUGGUAAUAUUAAAAACCACUCUCGCUGUAGAUACGCCUGUCGAAGUCACUUUCUACAACAGCGAUCAGUAUUUCGAAUUCGAACCUCUCGAUAACGAACUCGAAAAUGCGAAAAAAAUCGAACUAUUCCGACGAAUCCGAGUGACAGUACCAGCUCGCGGUUCCAUCAGCACAGCAUUUCUUGUAACAGUAGUCCGAAGUGGUGAAGCGCCCGUCAUCAUCGAGGCCAGCGGCAACGGCGUUUCCGCCUCACUCUUCCGAACGAUCGCUGUCAAGGAUGGAUAUGAAGAAGAUCUUUGGGCAUGGAGCUUGCUGGAUGCUCGAAAAACUGUAGCGAGAGCCAACGUGACUCUGAAUGUGCGUCCUGGUGUGAAAGCUGGAGCCAUAUCGCUCCGAGCUACAGGGGACCUGCUGGCGUCGGCAUUGCAAGCAACUAAGGCACCAAUCGCGCCCUCCGCAGACUCAAUACAUGCCUUGAGACCGCUCGCACUUGCUUGUGUACUCCUUGAUCAUCUCCAGGCGACAGGUCAAGCAGAGAGCGCAACGACUAAGGAAGCAAGAGCCCUAGCUGCCGCAGGGUAUCAGCGAUUGAUGGCUUAUCGACGUUUGGACGGUUCAUUUGCAGCGGAACACGAUGCUGAAGCUGAAGGAGAUGUGUGGAUGACAGCCGCAGCAACACGUUGGUUGUCACGGUGUUCACGUUACGUGUCAGUGGAGGCGACUCCCGCAACCAGCGCGGCGGCGUGGUUAGCGCACGCGCAGCUGUCGGACGGCAGCUGGCCGGCGCCCUCGCCGCGAGUGGUCACUGACCCCCACGCGCAAGCGCCACUGCCUCUAACUGCUCAUGCUCUUGUUGCUUUACACCAGUCUAAGGGAAGCGAGGUGCUGUACAAGAACAACAUAAACAAGGCGCUCGACUUUUUAGGCAGUGAAGUAUCGCCAAACUUAGACGCUUACUCUCUGGCAGUGAUUGGAGGCGCAUUCGCCCUCACCAGGCAUCCACAACUCACACAAACUCUCGAAAUAAUGGACAAAUAUGCUAAUACCACAGGAACGACUCUAUUCUGGUCACGAACAUUGUAUAAGAACGAAUGGCGGAAUCCGUGGUUGGUUGGCAAUAGUUUAGAAGCGACGACCGCGACAUGGGGUCUUCGGGCCAUGUUGGGCGCUCGUCUAAUUGACGAAGCCACUCCUGUUAUUCGAUAUCUAUUACAAUCGUACCAGCCGAACGACCCCGAUCCUGACGUGAUCGACUCACUGGCACAGUACGCUGAAAUGAUCCACGCUUCAACGAAACUAAGAGUGUCAGUCAAUGUAACCGGCUCCGAAGAAGCCCGACAAUUUCAAAUCGCAGAAAACAAUGCUUUGAUAAUACAAACGCAAUCUAUUCGCAACAGUCGUACUGUCAGCGCAGUAACGGAAGGUCGUGGUAUUGCUCUCGUGGGACUAUUCGCUAAGGGCAGCACAAACGUAACAGCGCCCUGGCCCAGGUACACCCUCGACCCAAGAGUCGAUCAAGUUUCCACCAAGUACCGCUUGCAGCUUUCCGUGUGUUUUGGGUUCGUAUCACAAGGCAAUGAGACAGAAAGCGGGUUAGCUCUUCUUACUGUCCAAUUACCAUCCGGAUAUUUGGCGGAUAUUACUACGCUAAACGAAUUAACGUCGGUGCGGCACGUGGUGUGGGCGCGCGUGUCGCGGCAGGGCGCGCGCGUGGUGGCCGGCGUGCGCGCCGCCGCCGCCGAGCGCUGCGCCACGCUCGCUGCGCCGCGCGCUCUGCCCGUGGCCCGCCAGCGCCCCGCCUGGGUUACACUAAUCGAUCUAUAUGACUCUAGUCACCGCGCCCGAGUAUUCUACCAGGCGCUACCUGCUACCGCAUGUGACGCAUGUCGCGAGUGGGAGUCAUGCGCGCGCGCUUGCGGCUCGGCAGCACUUCAAGUCUCCGAAGAUGACCAAAAAGGCGAUCAAAUAAAACCCUCCACCGCCUCUCUCGUCAAAUCUACUUUGCUAUUGGGAAUCAUAACCACCGUCCUCAUAUUAAUUUACUGA